AUGACUUCUGACGAACUGUCAUCGCCCCGGCGGCUGCAAAGGGUACGCCGCACUCUCUCCUCGGCAGCGGUGGGCAGUCUGCACCUCCUGGCGAGCGACACGGAGUUCUCGCAGGGUAGCCGUCACGACGAACACACGAGUCCCACACGGACGUCCUCCAGGAGCCAGACGGCUCGAUCUCGCUCGUCGGGAAGCCGGAGCACGGAAAUCACGAGCUUGUCGGAAGACGGCUUGGCGAGGACGUUGUCUCUGCCGUCGAUACCGGAGGGCGAAGGGAGCCACGGCACCGAACACGGGGACCCGUUUGCCGACCCGCGCCUCCGGGUGCAACUCUCGAACGAACCUCGGAACCCGUUCGACGAUGCGUACUCCACAGAGCUGGCGGGACGGCCGGUGGAAGAGGCGCCGUGCUAUCACGUCUUCUCCAGGAGGCAGAAAUGGUUCGUCAUCGCCGUCAUUGGCGCCGCUGGUUUGUUCUCGGGGCUCUCUUCCAACAUUUACUUUCCGGCGCUGGACGUCAUUGCGACAGACCUUCAAGUGAGCCAUCAGAUGGUCUCCCUGACGAUCACGUCCUACCUCGCCGUUCAAGGUGUCUCGCCCUUGAUCUGGGGGUCGAUAUCCGACGCCCUGGGUAGGAGGCCCAUCUACAUCGCGUCCUUCGCGGUGUACAUCGUCGCCAACAUUGGCCUCAGCUUCUCGCCAAACUUCGCCGUGCUCCUCAUCUUCAGGGGCUUGCAAGCAGCCGGAAGUGCUUCGACCGUCAGCAUUGGAAACGGCGUGAUACAAGAUAUCUCUCCCCCGGCGGAGAGGGGGAAGUUUAUCAGCUUCUACCAGGCGAUCCGGAACUUCAGCAUCGCCGUCGGACCCGUGCUCGGCGGAGUGCUCGCGAACUUUCUCGGUUUCCGAUCCAUCUUCGUCUUCCUCCUGGCCCUCUCGUCCGCGGUGACGCUCGUCAUCGUUUUCUUCCUGCCCGAGACCAUGAGGGCCAUCGCCGGGAACGGGUCGCUCCGGCUGCGGGGCGUCUACAAGCCGCUGAUCCGGUAUCUGAGAAAGGAGCCGGACUACAUGGAGGACCCCGAAGGGCCCGUACGGCGGAAGGAAGUGACGCCGAUGACGUUCGUCGAGCCGCUGCGCCUGCUGGCCCAGAAGGACAUCCUCGUCAACCUCGUUUUCGGCGGCGUGGUGUACACCGUCUGGAGCAUGGUCACGUCAAGCACCACGGAUCUCUUCAAGAUGACAUUCCAUCUUAGCGAACUCCAGAUCGGUCUAGCCUUUUUGCCAAAUGGGUUCGGGACGAUCAUUGGUUCGGCCAUUGCUGGCAAGUUGAUGACGCGAGACUAUCUUUCCGUCGAGGAAACAUACAAAGCAUCCCACGGCUCCGACGCCACCGAACGGUUCACGGGGGGCAACCUGCCCGCCGACUUCCCCAUAGAACGCGCCCGCCUCAAGCGACUGCCGUGGAUCGUCCUCAUCUUCGUCGUCACCACGGCGGCCUACGGCAUGUCUCUCAACUUCGCCUCCCUCACUUCGCGGCGCGGCUGGAUCGCCGUGCCUCUUGUUCUGCAGUUCUUCGUCGCCGCCACAAGCAACGCCGUCUUCUCGCUGAACCAGACCCUCAUCACCGAUCUGUGCCCCGGAAAGGGUGCCAGCGCCACUGCCGUCAACAACCUCGUCAGGUGCGGGAUGGGCGCCGUCGGCGUCGCGCUGGCCGAGAUGUUCAUCCAUAGUACGGGACCUGGAGCUACGUUCCUCGGCCUCGCCCUCGCCACAGUUGCAGUGGGACCCCUGGCGGUUGUACACUGGUACUGGGGCCAAAGCUGGCGGGCCAGCAGGAUGGAAGCGGCCGAGAGGGCGAGGACUGAGAAGGCACUCGGCAGCUAA